AUGAGUAUCGUUUUGAUGAUGAUCCGAAAAAUCGCACCCCUGCUCCACCGAUCCGGACAACUAGUAAGAACGCCGUCGGGACGAUCUGGCAAACAACUUGGUCAGGAGAUUCCCGAUAUGUCCUUUCCAGAGAAUGUUAAACAUCAAGUUCACAUUACUGUAGAUCCAACGACUGGCGAAUUUACGGGUAUGCCAGAGGAAUGGGCUGCACUAUUGAGCAGGGCCGGAAUUUCUAAGUUGGAGCAACAGCAAAAUUUAGGUUCAGUUCUCCGUGUGCUUGAUUUCUAUGCGUCCACUGGCCAGCCACGACAAAAGUACAUGACUGAUAUGUCAGAUCACACCAGCCCGGCUGUGACUCCAACAGCCAUGGACUUGGACGACGCUCAAUGCCCUUUGCCCUUUUCUCGACCUGAUGAGAAACAUAAUGGGAGCUUAAGUUUCCGUCGACACAGCGCCAGCAGUGGUCGAGGCAGCAGUGAAGAUAGCGCCACCGGCAGCGGAAGUUUCACCGGCAUUUCCUGUUCUUAUGACCCUCAGAAUCAACUGCCCUCUGGUCUCAGCAACCUGCGGAUAGAUGGGGAGGGGCCACCUACGAAUAUCACUCAGAUUGCCUACGCGCCACCACCACAACAACAAUACGGUCACCACCGCUUUCCGCAGGUUUCGGCCAAGGGUGUUAUCCCCGGAAUGAUGACGCCCCAAGUCCCUUCCUCUAAACCUCACAAUACUUUUACAAAGAUCGGCCCAAGUGACCGUCGAUUCGAUGAGCAGCACAUGCGUCCCAGUCUGUCUACUAUCAAACGCGGGGGUAGAGAUCCAUAUAACACCACCAGGUAUGACCUACAAUUGCUAUCGGCGGCGCUUAUGCAUCGUCUCAUUUUCUCUCUCUCCCUCUUGCUUCCCACGCUCAAAACUUUCUUUCGAAUCCUCGCCGUAACUGGAAUGAUGCCGAAGAACGUGGCUGCAACCAGAGCUGGAAGGACACGCGUCUACUUUACCGCGACGAAGUACCGGCAGCAGGACACAACAAGCGGAAGCAUAUUCUGGACGUAUCCCCUCUUCCUCCUCCUCUUCUUCCUC